CCUGAUUCCAUAACAGGUUUGUUCAAAUUUUUUUUCUCUGUUGUAUGUCGAAGCGUGCUGCAAAUCUAGGUUCGCUUUUACAUCUUGAUAAGGUUUAGCCCUAGGUCCAGCGACGCUCCAAGCACAUAAAGAAAAUAGCCGGCUUCUACUCUUCACCUCUCUUAGUGUCAGCUUUAGCCAAAACUUAUUAACUUUGGAUCUUUCAAGACGAAAAUGGGUGGGUCUGCUUUGGGUGCGGAUUCCACAAGUGCACUUGAGGACAUGACUAAGGAGGACCUUGUUCAUUAUUUGCAGUUGCAGCCUCAUCCUGAGGGUGGUUUUUUCAAGGAAACCUGGAGAAGCGAAGUCGGACUGAGUAACGGGGGCCAGGUCUGCGGCACUGCUAUUUCCUUUUAUGACGAAGUAGGUAAAUCUAAGUUGUAAGCAAGUACUCGUGAAGAUUAAUGGAAUCUUCAAAGGAGCGAGAUACACGAUAGCAUCACCAGUCUUCAGCAUUUACUUGUCUCGUCUAAUUUUCUUUGCUCGACCGUGAUGAUCGUUCGCAUCUGCAUGUUCUGAAAGGUGGUAACGAUGAGGUCUGGCACCACUAUGGCGGGGCAACGCUUGAGGUCGUUGAGAUCGAUCCUGAAGACGGCAAGCUGACCAUCACCCGUCUGGGCAAGAACGUGCUCGCUGGCGAGACUCCCCAAUAUGUGGUAAAAGCAGGAAAAAUUUUUGGAAGUCGCGUACUAGCGUGCUCUACGAGUAAUGCCAGUAGUGAUAGAACAUCCUGGGCUUUAGUAGGCUGCACAGUUUGCCCCGGUUUCGAAUUUGCGGAUUUUGAAAUUUUGGACAGAGUCGCUCUCCUGGAGCGCUUCCCACAGCAUGAGAAGACGAUUUUAGACCUUACCCGCGGUUGAGCGGGUGAAUAAACACAACAUGAAGUAGUCGUGCGUAUCGGGUGAGCGGUUAUAUGAACAGAACGCUUGCAUAGUUAGGGAUACAUCGAACAUAAUAUUACAUAUGAUGCCUGGCCAUCUGCUACGAGAAAUGAAUACGUAGAUGUUGAUUUCAUAUACCGAUCGACCCUCACACUUGCUUCUUCUGGCGGCUUGUCUUUAUUUUUCUAGACGGCUAUUAGGAUAUCUCUGAUAUCAUACCCUAUAUUUAUCCUAGACAGGCUCAGAACUCCAAUGAGUAGUACUAGUCCUCGCGGUGGGCGCACGGCUAUGUUGCACAGGAUCAAAUCACAGAAACAGAUACCAUUGGUUUUAAUUCUCGCUAUCGUUCUCAACCAAGAAUUUCAAUUUUCGGUAUUAUUUCUAGCUUGGAGACACAAGAAAUCUUUGAAUUCAUGAACGAGAAGUGUCAACGACCGUAUAGCUGACCACAAAUAUGCUACUCUGUAUACUUACGC